AUGUACCUGGAGGAGGAGACACUGCGCCUAGACAAAGACACCAAGAUGUUGUGCCACAUAAUGACCCAACUGAAGACGCUGUUUUGGAUGUCUUCCGAGUCAGCUCCUACAACACUUGCCCGACAACUCCUAUCCAAGGACAAUGUGGUUGCUGAGGCAGACGGGCCUAUCUUGAUGGUGUGGGGAUGCAACAUAGUAAACAGGAGACACAAGAGAGACACUGCAGAAGACAUUCAGAAGAUAAUGUACCUGGAGGAGGAGACACUGCGCCUAGCCAAAGAUACCAAGAUGCUGUGCCACAUAAUUACCCAACUGAAGACGCUGUUUUGGAUGUCUUCCGAGUCAGCUCCUACAACACUUGCCCGACAACUCCUAUCCAAGGACAACGUGGUUGCUGAGGCAGACGGGCCUAUGUUGAUGGUGUGGGGAUGCAACAUAGUAGACAGGUGGGAGUUUGUGUCCUCCCCACUAUGCCACCUCCACCCGAAGAUCAGUUACUGGAUAUCAGAGGACCCCUCAGGAAAUCACACUGGAUACUAG